ACGAAAAUGACAGAGCAUUUAAAUAGCAGCUUCCUGAACUGGCCAGUGUGAGCAGCAGGGAACCUGAGACAGAAACUAUCGACUGAGCAGGAUAGAUGCUGUAUUAAUCGCACACAGCAAACAGGCCUGCUUCCUUUUUUAAAGCUUGAUGUUGGCGGAAAUGUUGAUGUCAAGUGGAUUUCAGUUUUGAAAUCAUCAGCGUUAAAUUUCAACAACUACCAAAUUAAGACCAUGGAAAGACUGACUUUAUUAACAGGGAGAAGAGGACCUAUUAAUGGUACUGAUACUGGCCAAAAUGAAAAUGCUAGUGGAGGCAGAGGGAGAAGACGAGGAGGUGCACAGGGGGCCGAGGCGAGAGGAACAGAGGGCAGAAGAAGAGCACAAAGUCAUGGGAGAAAUCAAGCUGAAAGGGAGGAGACAGAUGGAGGAGUAGGAAGAGGAGGUGGAGGGAUGCGUGGGAGAGGCAGAGGAAGAGGAGGAGGAGGAGCAGACCCAGGAAGAGGGGGUGAAAGAGGUGCAGGAAGAGAAGGCAGGGACGAGACAGAUGGGGGAGGAGGAGGUGAAGGUGUGCGAGGCAGAGGAAGAGGAAGAGGAGGAGCAGCAGACGCAGGGAGAGGGGGCGAAAGAGGUGCAGGAAGACAGUGGGGAGGAGCCAGACAGAGAGGAGGAGGGAGGGGGAGAGGUGGAAAUGGAGGAGAAGGAGCAGAGAGAGGUGGUGCAAGAAGAAAUGGAGAGCAAGGUGCAGCUGAAAGAGAAGGAGAGAGAAGGGGAGGAGGUAGAGGGGGUGAGAGAAGAGAUGGUGUAGGAGACAGACAGGGGAGGAAUGGAGGGAGAUCAAAUUCUACAGGCAGAGUCGGAACACCACAGGGCCAUGGACUGGGCUAUAAAACAAUGGAAGAACUCUCUGGAAAAGACCCGUCUGUAGUGGCCAUCACCCUGUCCUGUAACCCUGCCCUACAAGAUGUCCUGAGUGGGACAACAAUGAGGCAGGACCUUGUCGAACUCCUCUGCCUGGUGCUGAGUAAAGCCUUCAAAUCACGGACAGACAGAGGCACCCUACAGCACUUGGCUGGCAUCAUAAAAGACUCAGGGUUCUUCCGCACCAUCCUUCCCCACUAUCUGGUGGGCAUGGAGUCAGAGUUCAAUCUCGUCCGCAGGGCACAAUACCCACGACAUCUGGAAAACAUCCUGGCUAUUCUGUCAGAGGUCCUCAGCAUCUUCCCUGCUAGCUCUGUCCAGGCAGUGAGUUUGCUGCUGACGCUGCUCCAAGCCUCCAUCAACAGCCUGAGGGCAUCUGGAGUGGACAUCCAGCCUCAAAUGGAGGAGAGUGUGGAGAGUGUUCAGGGCCUGAUCAGGCACCUCCAGGAGAAAUCCAGGGAGGGUACCCUGCGCUCAGACAGGGACACUUAUGCCCUCCUACCCACUGGACGUGAUAACCCAGGUGAAGAAGAGCAGCAAGAUUUCAGGACCAUACCCAUCUACCCAACUCGUGAGGAGUUCCAUCAGGACCACAGGCCCUUCCUUAGACCCAACCUCACCUCUCAGCGCUACACAAACACCCAUCUCUACCUUGACACGCACUUCCGGCUGCUGAGAGAGGACUUUGUGCGGCCACUCCGUGAGGGGAUCCAGCAAUUGCUUCGGAACCAAAUGGGAAGAGAAGGAGGAAGGAGUGAUAAUUCACUGAAGACGAAGCGCUUUGAUGAUAUCAGAGUAUAUUUUGACACAAAACUGGUGGUACCCAAGUGCACGCCGACUGGACUCGCCUACAUAGUCCAGUUUGACAUUCAGCCACUUAAGUUUGUGCGCUGGCAGAACUCCAAGAGGCUGAUCUAUGGUUCCCUGGUCUGCCUGUCGUGUGAUAAUUUUGAGAGCUUCUUGUUUGCCACAGUGUCAGAUCGGGAUCCCAAUAGCCUGCAGAGAGGACAGGUCCAGAUUACCUUUACUGAAGAAAGCAGAUUCAAGUUGGCCAGAAUUCAGAAAGGUCAAUUAUUCCUGAUGAUUGAGACCACUGCCUACUUUGAGGCCUAUCGGUAUGUUCUAGAGGGCCUACAGGAGCAGGAGGAGGACAGCAUGCCCUUUCAGAGGUACAUCGUGGAGUGCAGCACAGAUGUGCAACCCCCAGCUUAUCUGCAAAGAAGAGAUAUCUAUGACCUGUCAUCCAUUGCUGACCCUGACUAUAAGGACAGUAUACGGCCCUUUCACAGCCUGGAGGAAGAGGCCUGGCCGAGAAUGGAGGAGCUGGGGCUGGAUGAGUCCCAGAUGAGAGCCUUCCAGCUGGCCCUCACGAAGGAGCUGACCAUCAUACAGGGGCCUCCUGGCACUGGAAAAACCUACGUUGGCCUUAAGAUUGCUCAGGCUCUGUUGACCAAUCAGGAUCUUUGGAGAGACAGAUUUGGUACGGCUCCGAUGCUGGUAGUGUGUUACACUAACCAUGCCCUGGAUCAGUUCCUUGAGGGUAUUCAUACAUUUCUGCAAGAGGGCAUAGUGAGAGUAGGAGGCCGCAGCAACAGUGAGAUCCUGAAGCGUUUCAAUCUAAGGGAGCUGACUCACUCACAUGACUUCAGACGUACGCUGCCGUCUCACCUGCGAUACGCAUAUAGUGAGAUUUACAAGCAGCUGUGUCAGGAGGAGAGGGGCAUUCAGAGUCAGAGUAUGAGGCUGGAGUGUUCUCUGAAAGGCGUCCUGCGAGAAAGCUUCUUAGAGAAGUUCAUUUCAGACAUACACUGGGACAGUCUGCACCUACCACCUACACAGGAUGGUUUUGAGACCUGGAGUGAGAAGAAGUCCAGUCUGAUAAUGGAGUGGUUGGGUUUGGGUUCCACCGUCUUCCUGCAGAGGGAGACAGAGAAUGCAAAUAGAAAUGAAGAUAUAGCAGCGGCGGAAGCGAUGGAGCUGGAAGAAGAGGACCUCAUUGAAAUCGCAGAGGAAGCAGAUCUGCUCCAGGCAGAGCGGAUUAUUGAAGACAACAUUGGUCCCAGAGGUGGUAGAGAUGGCAGAAAGAAGGGAGACAUGGAGGAAGCUGUCAGAGCAGUAGAAGAACUAAUGCUGGCUAUGAACCUGGAUAAAGCUGAAAUUCAGGCUGAGCAGAGCGAGGAAGGAUGGGAGAUGCAACGGGACCAGAAGAGAAAGAAGAAGAACAGAAUCAGGAAAGAGCUGGGGAAGAGCUCGGCUAUGACUGACAAAGAGGAAGAUGCUGUCUUGGAUAUUUGGACCCUAAGCCUUCCAGACAGAUGGAGACUCUAUCGGUUGUGGGUGGCACGCUACAGGGUAGAACUUUGCACCAGAGUCCUAGAGUCUGAACAGGCCUAUCAGAAUGCAGUAGACAGAUUGGCUGAUGUAAAACGUCAGGAGAACCUCUGUCUCCUCAAGGAAGCCACGGUUAUUGGCAUGACAACAACAGGGGCGGCCAAGUUCCGUAAAGUUCUGCAGGAAGUUCGUCCACGUCUGGUGAUUGUAGAAGAGGCUGCAGAGGUGCUCGAGGCCCACACCAUCACCACAUUGAGUGAAGCAUGUCAACACCUCAUCCUCAUCGGAGACCACCAGCAGCUGCGCCCCAGUGCCACAGUAUAUGAACUUGCUAAGAACUUCCACCUGGAGAUGUCCAUGUUUGAGAGGCUGGUGAAGAUGGGACUUCCUUAUGUCAGACUCAACUACCAGCAUCGUAUGAGGCCAGACAUUGCCUGUCUUUUGACCCCACACAUCUACUCAGAGCUGGAAAACCAUCCCUCUGUGUUGGACUAUGAGAACAUCAAGGGCAUUAAUACCAAUUUAUUCUUUGUGGAGCACAACUACCCAGAAGAAGAGAUCAAAGAUGGGAGAAGCCAUCAGAACCGACAUGAGGCGAUGUUUGUAGUCGCUCUUUGCCGCUAUCUUCUCUUUCAAGACUACAAACCAGAGCAAAUUACUAUCCUCACGACCUAUACCGGCCAGCUCCACUGUCUGCGCAAACUUAUGCCUGCCAGCCAGUUCACAGGGGUCAAAGUGCAUGUAGUGGACAAGUACCAGGGAGAAGAGAAUGACAUUGUCUUGUUGUCUCUGGUCCGCAGCAACCUACAGGGUAAAGUUGGCUUUUUGAACAUUCCCAAUCGAGUCUGUGUAGCCUUGUCUCGUGCCAAGAAAGGUCUCUACUGUAUUGGCAACAGUGCAAUGCUGGGCCAAGUCAAACUGUGGAGCAACAUCUUCUACACCUUGAGGCAGAAGGACCAGGUUGGGAAUGCCCUGACCCUGUGCUGUCAGAAUCAUCCAAAUCGACAGCUAAAAGUUUCAAAUGUUGAUGAUUUCAAACAAGCCCCUGAGGGGGGCUGCACCCAGCCUUGCGAGUUCCGUUUGGAUUGUGGUCAUGUUUGCUCAAGAGUCUGCCACCCCUACGACCCUGAGCACAAGGAGUACAAGUGUGGCAAGAAGUGCCAGAAGAUUUUAUGUGAUCGGGGACACAGGUGCACACUUGUGUGCCAUAAAGCAUGCCCAGAGAAAUGUCCAGUGAAGGUUGAGAAGAUCAUACCCCAGUGUCUACACACACAGAUGGUUCCCUGCCACCAGGACCCAAAUAAAUUUGUUUGCCAGGAGCCUUGCCAGAAGCUGCUUCACUGUGGACAUCCAUGUGAUUCAUUGUGUGGGGAACCAUGCACCAGUAAGUGCAAGGUGAAGGUCACCUUAAAACUAAGGUGUGGCCACAGCCAGCAAGAUGCCUGUUUUUACAAAACACAGAAAGAGGAGCCUGAAUGUAGGACCCCUUGUGAACAUCAGCUAAAAUGUGGCCAUGCCUGUGGUGGUAACUGUGGCAAGUGUUAUCAGGGACGAUUCCAUUUCCCAUGUUUACACCAGUGUGAGCGUCUCCUGAUUUGCUCUCACAAGUGCAGGGAGCCUUGCACUCGCGAUUGCCCCCCUUGUCAGAGACCAUGUGAGAAUUGCUGCGUCCACAGCAAGUGUAUGAAGCCAUGUGGACAGCCCUGUGCUCUGUGUAUUGAGCCCUGCGCUUGGCAGUGCCCUCACCAAAGCUGCAAUAAACUUUGCUAUGAGCCAUGUGAUCGUCUGCCAUGCACCCAACCCUGCGCCAAGACCCUGGAUUGCGGCCACCCGUGCAUAGGUCUGUGUGGAGACAAAUGUCCAAGCAAAUGUCGCAUCUGUAAUUACGAUGAGGUCACAGAGAUUUUCUUCGGCACUGAGGAUGAACCUGAUGCUUACUUCAUUCAGCUAGAAGACUGUGGACACAUCAUUGAAUACACAGCCAUGGACACAUACAUGGGCAUGGAUGACAGCCAGCAGGCAAAUGAAGGAGAGCAGGUGGCCAUAAAACUGAAGGAAUGUCCGAAGUGUCGAACUCCAAUCCGCAAGAAUCUACGCUAUGGAUCUCACAUCAACAGCAGUCUGGCUGAGAUAGAGAUGGUAAAGGCGAAGAUAAAUGGACAUCAGGCAGAUAUUGAAGAACACAGGAAGGCCCUUCAAAAACAGUGGAAGGAUAACCUUCACACAUAUGAAAUGCAUCAGCAAAAGGAAUAUAUGCAUAUCAAUGACAGACUGGGAAAAACUUAUCUCACAGCAAAUGAUCUGUGGGUCCUGGAAAACAAGAUAGAUUUCCUAGUAAGAGUUGCAAAGCUGAGGAAGAUCCAAAGGGAAAACAUGUCAUUCAGGCAAAGCUUCAGAUUAGAAAAGUAUUUUGAGGAGUUUGUGCGCUGGCUCAACAACAGCCACCAAAAAUUCACAGACCAGCAGGUCUUUGAUUUGCAGAGAGAGUUACCGAGACUCACCCUCUUGACUGAACUCAAUGCCCGUUGCCAUAUGGCAGACAAGAGAAGGCAAAGUGACAAAUUUCAAUCCGAGGUACAAACAAUAACAGCGAUUUUGGAAAAGUCUGGCCAAUUCACUGAGCAAGAUCAACGCAGAGUGAAAGAAGCCAUGAAGGAACUAGACAACAAGCUUCCGCUCCCAGGCUUGGGGAUCAGUGAGGAGGAGAGAAAGAUGAUCGUCUCGGCUGUGAAAAUGCCGCUUGGACACUGGCACAAAUGUCCUAAUGGCCAUGUCUAUCUUAUAACAGAGUGUGGAGGGGCUAUGGAGAGUCGACGCUGCCCUGACUGUGAUGCUACUAUUGGUGGGGGCAGUCACAGACUGGCAAGUGGCAACCAAGUCGCCUCUGAGAUGGAUGGGGCACAGCACCCUGCUUGGUCUGAAACCAACAACCUUCUAAACUUUGAACAAUUUGACUGAAAGCCAUCUUAGAGAAGUCUGUCAUUGCCUUCUCAGUCCCAACUGUUGGUUGCACGACCUAUGACUUGACACCAUGGACCACGGUUUAUGUUUUACAUGUUGUUUGGUUUAGUAAAAAAAACAAAAAAACUUUAGUUAAGGUUAAGGUUAGGGCCACCAUCUUUCGCUAACCAAAACCAAGUGCUCUUGGUGUUGUUGUAGAAAAAACCCCCAUUAUAAAUUGAAAAAGGGACAACACCAUGCCGCAGCAUGCACAUGGCCAUGAUUAUUUAUGCAUUGACUGAAAUACUUUGACGGUGAAAAUGUUAUUGAUACAUUUGUUAUGAACAUUUUGCAUUGGCUAAAAACAGUUUGUGCCAUGCAAACAAGGCUGGAUUUCCAACUGGGGAAAGCAGGCAACUGCCCAAGGGCCCCACGGGCCCCAAAAGUUACUGCAACUGGUUUUGUUAAUUUCAUUAACCACCUAUUAAUGUUCUAGCAUAGCAAUACUGGUUGGUCUCUGGGUCUUGUGGGCAUAUAAUGGAGCUGCCAUAUAUAGUCUGCUGUGUGGGAACUUGGAGUGCAGUUCGCACAGGGUGGGUGGUCAAUAGGGGCCCAAUGGCAAAUAUUUGUCACAGGGCCUCCUAAAAGGUUAAUCCAGCUGUGCAUGCAAAUAUGUUCCGAUACGUUCAGUAUGAAUGUUUUCCUAUUAUGUUGAUAAAGUUGUGAUUGGAUGAAAUUAAGUUUCCUCCAACAUAUUUGCUAAAGCAGAUUAGUUGUAUUUGAACGUAGACAUUGUGGGUGGUGGUUUUGUUUUAAAAAUGCUUUGCUGCAGAAAUCAUGUACAAAGGAUACUAUAACAAGUCACAGAAUACAUUUUGGAAUAUAGUUUUUAAUGCCAAACUAAAUCAUUUGUCAAAUAUUAACUGUAACCCUUUCAUUAUGUUCAAGACUCCUUGUGAAAGUAACAGUUGUCCUGUACCUUAACAUUAGGUGGCAGUAAAACACUGUAAAAGAAUAUACAGAGACAUGACUUGAUAAUUAUGCCUGCAACUUGUUCAAAUGGAAUAAAAUCUGAAUAUAUAA